UGUUGACAGGUCACUUCUGUUAACCGUGGCUACUACUGACACUUCCAGCACUUGCACGUGAAGAAAUACCAUCUGUGCUUCAUCAUGUCGGUCAGAAACCCGGGGACGAAGCUCGACCUGGAGUGGGUAUCCAAAGUGAGAGUGAACACUCACGCCGUCCUGAAGAGAGCUCAGCACAUCCAGGGACUGAAGACCCCCAAGAAACAGUGGCAGGCUGCCUGGCUGCUGAAGGCUGUCACAUGUAUCGACCUGACAACUCUUGCUGGAGACGAUACACCAUCCAACGUCCAUCGGCUGUGUCUGAAAGCCAUCCAGCCGGUCCGAUACGACCUGCUCAAGAAGAUGGAAAUGCACGACAAAGGAGUGACUACAGCAGCAGUGUGUGUGUAUCCAUCUCGUGUUGCUGACGCCGUCAGAUCACUAAAAGCAGCCAACUCCAGCCUUCCUGUUGCCUCAGUGGCCACUGGUUUCCCAGCAGGCCAGACACCACUGGAGACCCGGCUACAGGAAGUCCGCCUGGCGGUGGCUGAUGGUGCCACCGAGAUAGACAUCGUCAUAAACAGGAUGCUGGCCCUCACAGGACAAUGGGAAGCCAUGUACGAUGAGAUACGUCAGUUUCGGGAGGCUUGCGGCGACGCCCACAUGAAGACCAUCCUGGCUAUCGGAGAGCUGGGCACCUUCACCAACGUCUACAAGGCCAGCCUGGUCGCCAUGAUGGCCGGUUCAGACUUCAUCAAGACGUCCACGGGAAAGGAGUCCGUCAACGCCAAUUACCCUGUCGCCAUAGUGAUGGUGAGGGCCAUCCGGGACUACUUCUUGUGUACAGGCCACAAGGUGGGCUUCAAGCCAGCAGGGGGGAUCCGCACGGCUCAGGAGUCUCUGGUGUGGCUCACUCUGAUCAAAGAGGAGCUGGGCAACGACUGGCUCUGCCCGCUCCUGUUCCGCCUGGGAGCCAGCAGCCUGUUGGCUGACAUCGAGAGGCAGAUCUACCAUCACGUGACUGGACAGUAUGCAGCCUAUCAUGAGCUUCCUAUGGCCUGAGGCUGCGGACUUCCUGUUUUAAUGACCGAUCAGAACCUCAGACUCACCACACAAGCCUGUCAGUGCUCAUCCAGGCAGCACUCAUCUGCUCUUUUACCCACACUCGCAUUCAGCGCUUUGACUAAAGACUGGGACCAAUGACUGUUAUUGCUCUGUAUAAUGUUACAUUAUUCAGACUGUGGACUUAUGAAGAAACAGAUGAACGAACCUUUUCAAAGUAUUUAGUAACAUAUAAUCAACAGUAUAUCAUGUCUGGCAGUCAUUGUGAAGGCUGUGCUGAGUUAAGAUUAAUUUGUUUCAUGUUAAGAAGGAAAAAAAUAUUGAUUUAGAGUUAGAAAAUAAUAUUUAUCAAUUUGUCCUCAAGUUCUUAAAUUCUAACUAGAUUAUUGCAAAUCUUUUACAAAAUAAAAAAAACUUACAUGGAAA